GAGGAGCGCGCGCGCGCGCGAGCGAGCAAACGUCGGAUUUAGAGCGAGAGCGAGAGAGAGAAGGGAGGGGUGCAGGAAAAAAGAGGGGUUCUCCUUCUGACGUCACGUCGCUCCUCGCCUCUCCAUUGGAAGCCCGGCUUGUCAGUGAAACGAAAAAGAAGGGCAACGACGGCGAGGGUCGUACUUCCGGCUUGGUGUGUGUCUCAUUGCGGGGAGGAGGAGGAGAAGAGAGCGCCGCCCGCGCGCCCGACCCCCGCGGGAGGGGAGCCCCGGCUGACAGCUGAUCACCCUGCAGCAAGUAGUAAAAGUACCUUGAACAUAGGAAUUCACUUUCUUCUACAAAUCUGUAGCUGAGGAUUUGAAACCGGUACACCAACAACUGCAGAUCAUCUGGAAGGAUUUUACUUUGUAUGAAAAACUUCAAUCACAUCAGGAAAAGCUAUGUGUUAGAGGAAAGAACCAUCUGGCGCAGAAAAAAAUACAACCGAAAAGAAUGAAUAGUGAAGAGGAAUUUUAUGAUGCCGUCACAGGCUUUGAUUCCGAUAAUUCUUCUGGGGAAUUUUCAGAAGCACUUCAUAAAGCUGAUGUGGAAGUCCACCACGGUCAUAGGUCAGGAAGACACAAUGGAGAUGAGCCAUUGCAAGAGAAUGGAAUCAAGAAACACAGAACAUCAUUGCCUGCCCCAAUGUUUACUAGGAGUGAUUUCAGUGUUUGGAGUAUCUUGAAAAAAUGCAUUGGACUGGAGCUGUCUAAGAUUACCAUGCCCAUUGCGUUCAAUGAACCUCUGAGCUUCCUGCAACGGAUAACAGAAUAUAUGGAACACACAUACCUCAUUAAUAAAGCAUGCUGUCAUUCAGAUCCUCUAGAAAGAAUGCAGGCUGUUGCUGCUUUUGCUGUUUCUGCUGUAGCCUCUCAAUGGGAGAGAACUGGCAAACCAUUUAACCCUCUCCUCGGAGAAACAUAUGAAUUAAUCAGGGAGGAUUUAGGUUUUAGGUUUAUUUCUGAACAGGUCAGUCAUCAUCCACCUAUCAGUGCAUUUUAUUCAGAAGGCUUAAACCAGGACUUCGUUUUUCAUGGAUCAAUUUAUCCUAAACUGAAGUUCUGGGGGAAGAGUGUUGAAGCAGAGCCUCGGGGAACAAUAACAUUGGAACUUUUAAAACAUAAUGAAGCUUACACGUGGACAAACCCUACCUGCUGUGUACAUAAUGUAAUUAUUGGCAAGCUUUGGCUAGAACAAUAUGGGGCAGUAGAAAUUAUAAAUCACAGUACUGGAGAUAAAUGUAUACUUAACUUUAAACCAUGUGGGCUGUUUGGUAAAGAACUUCACAGAAUAGAAGGCCACAUUCAGGACAAAAAUAAGAAGAAACUUGCAGUUAUCUAUGGCAAAUGGACGGAAUGUUUAUGGUGCGUUGAUCCUUCCACUUAUGAAAAUUACAAGAAGAAUGAGAAGAAAGGUGGUGACCAGAAGAAACCAAAGCCGAGUGAGGAGCCUGAAAAUGAUGAAGCUGAUGAUAUGCCAGAGAUCCAAGAGACUGUGCAAUUCAUACCUGGCAGUAAGCUACUUUGGAGGAUAAGUACUAGACCACCAAAUUCAUCUCAGAUGUACAAUUUCACCAGUUUUGCUGUCAGUCUCAAUGAAUUAGAAAAAGGCAUGGAAGAAGUGCUGGCUCCCACUGAUUGUCGAUUGCGACCAGACAUCAGACACAUGGAGAAUGGAGAAAUAGAUCUGGCUAGCAAAGAAAAAGAGAGGCUAGAAGAGAAACAGAGAGCGGCUCGUAAGGAACGUGCAAAAGAUGAAAUGGAAUGGAAAACAAGAUGGUUUUAUCAAGGAACUAAUCCAUAUCUUGGGACUCCUGACUGGUUAUACUCCGGAGGGUACUUUGAUAGAAACUUCUUUGACUGUCCAGAUAUAUAUUGAAAUCUUGAAUGCAGUUUCUCCUUUGCCCAGGAUCAGUAGUCUUCAAUGAAUCAAGUGACGCUCUUGGCUUUGCCAUGACUAGAAAGCACUUUUUUUUCUAAAGCAAAGUUUUAAUGAAAAGUAUCAGUUGCUGAUCACGAAUUUUUCAUUUAAUUUUGAUUGCCAAAAUAUUUAAGUCUUGUUUUUUUCCCCUUGAAGGUACAACCUGAAAUUAAUCAUGUUUCAGAAGAAAGUGGCUUGCAUGUUUUUUGUUUGCUUUCCCUUAUUAGUCAUUUUACAUUUUAUCUCUUGGGCAGAAUUGACUUGUAGCCAGUGGAGAGGCUGCACCUUUAUUAAAACUGAGAUGACAGCCGCAUGGUUUCUUAUAUUUCAGUUAUAAAGGAUGCCUUUAGAGCAUUCACAGGUCAGAGCAACAGUGCUAAAUCGGUACAACAGAAAUAUGAUUGUGGCCAUUGGAAAGGCAUCUAAUAAGAAUUGGAAUGACUAGGAUUCUUGGGAGUCUGCGGAAUAGUCUCUAAUUUUAAAAGCUUCACAACUGUAGCAAGAGAACAUUAAGCUUAGAUUUCAGAAGCUGUUACUCUAUUUUGCCUCAAUCUUUGGGCACUGUGAUUAUCAAUUACAUGAAGUACUUGUGACAUUUUUAAAACAAACAACUGUAGUGAAUGUUGGAUGUGGCUUGUAGGUGUUCUUAGUGAACACCUGCCUGUCUGAAGUUUCAGAAUGUUUUGUUUCUAAAACACAGGAUACUUUGAAUAUAUUUAUAGGAACUUGGGUGUUGUGUGUAGAUCAUGUAUGAAAUCAAACCUUUUUGUUUCUGUUCAGAGAUGUUUUUGUCUCCAGUUCUGCUUUUGGCAAGCUGACAUUAUUCAGGAGUUACAGGCCAAUUCACAAACAUGCACACUCUUCUUCCUCUUUGGAUUUACUUAGAAUGUAUCUACAAAAAGUUAAUGUUUGUUUUGCAUUUUAGUGCAUGUUUUGAAGUAUUUACUACAUUACAACUGGUAGUACAUUCUUGAAAAGCAAUUCCCUGUUACCUUUUUUGCUAAAGCUGAGUGACAUGAUGAGAGCUUUCACUAAAUUUCCAGUAAGGAAAUCCUUCCUUGAGAGUGGUUUUAUUCUUCAGAUUUAAAAUAUCAAAGCCAUAUAAUCCCAGAAUUGUUUGAAUUUUGAGGGGAAAUAAUAUUUUUCUUUUUACUUAUACAUUUCCAUAAUGAAAGUGAACAUUACAGUAGUAUAUGUGAGCUUUAAAAACAAGUUGUUAAUUUGCCAGAUGUUUUAAAAUGUUCAAAAAUUAAAUGUUAAAUUGAGCUACCGAAUUUACUGUGUUACUAAAUUUGGAUUCGUGCAAAGAUGACACAAAAGGUUCAGAGAAAACAACUGAGUGAUUUCAGAAUUACAAUAAUCAAAUAAGUAAUCUGUUGUUCUACUUUGGAUAUUCCUCUUUUAUCCCUAUAUAUUUAAAGCAAACCGGAAAAUGUACAGUCUUGCAAGUACAGGUGAAUUGCAACUGCCAUCAUCCCUUACCACAGGUGUUGCUGACUAGUGCUGAUGGCAGCUGAAGUCCAACAACUUCUGGUGGCUCAUGCAUUCUCUGAUUUAAAAUACUGUACCCAACCUGGCUGGUGGUUUUUUACAUCACUUUAUACUUGCAAAUGUCAAUCUGAGACUUGGCGUUGGAAGUUUAUUUGAAGAGGAAAGAGACAUUCAAAGACAUUUUUGGGGGUGGACUAUUGUUGGGUUAUAGAGCCUUUACACUGUGACUAAAAAGGAGGAAAAUGUGACUAACCCUUUUAGUCACAUUUUGUUAUAUUCUGAAAUCAUUUGAGGCAAUAAAAGACACUACCUUGAGAAGUGUCUCUGGCUAGCGUAUCUUGUGAGAACUUAACAUUAUGUUCUUGGGUAUAAUGUACCAGGCAUUCCAGCUUCAUGUUCUCCAUUCAUGCCAGUGAGGCUUCAUAUUGCUUGGUGAAAGCUUUCCCUUCAGAAAACUUGACCACAGAAUUUCUCUCAUUGUUACUUGUGCAUUUCUCUUUCCUCUUGCAGUGAAUCCACUGCUUCUGAACACCAUAAAUCAGUGUGUAUGAAAAAUUAAUAAAUUCCUCAUAUAAAGCAGCAAUUGAUCCACUUUUUGAACAAUUGAGCAACAAUUCUCCAACAAUUGGUUUCAUCCAGAAAGCAGUAGUUUUCCCCUGAUUGCUCUUCUCUACCAGUCAGUAGGCAGGAAAAGGGUGUCCACACUGUACUGUUCCACAAAAAGGCAGCAUUGAGUCCAUAGCCUGCCUGCCUGCUGCUGUACUUCUAUUUCUCACAGUUAUUUACCCAAUAAAACCUGACUGUUGGAGUGGGAUAUUCUGAGCCUUGUGUGUAACAGAGACAAUAAAGUUUUGAAAUUUACUUUCAUUCUCCAGGUUUGAGACAACUCUAUCCCCUAUUAGAAGUUUUGAAGAAAUUUUUAAAUUUUGGAGCCAAAGGUUUUGUUAAAAAUACUACAGCUGCUCCUACCUUCUGUGUAUAAAUAGAUACAUGCCCCGUUAUUAGAAGGAAAUAUUUGAAUUUUAAAUUGCAGAAGAAGCACAUUAGCAUAGUCUUUAAAAAAAAGUUUACAGGUAAUGUUUCAUUCAAAUUGCAUCAUGAGGCAAAAAUGGCAUCUUGUAUUUUCUGUAAUGUUUAAUUAUUUUGAAACCCAUGCUUUCUUUCUAUUUAAGGUGUUCUAUAUUUUAUUGUUAAAGAAGAGUAAUACUGUAGAAUAUUUUCCAUCAUGUAUUUGUUGCAAAAACAGCUUGCAUUCAGUAAAUCAUGUCUGCAUGUUUUGCAUUCUGUUCUUCAUUCCCAGGUGCACACCAUAUUAAUGCUUUGGGUGCAUGGCUGAUUCUUACACAGAUAUAUUUAAAACAUGACAUGAAAUAACAAUGCCAACGGGAAGCCUGAAGUUCCUGUGCAGCCUAGGAGGUUUAGCUUGGCAAUUGUUUCUCUGCAAAGGAUGAAUUUUACUGGAAAAUGCUUCUUACAUAUACAUUCUCCAGUCUUUGAGCCCUUAAUUUCUAACCCAUCUCAUCAAUAUGAGAAUCAGAAGAGGUUCAAAUUAAAAUUCACACUAACCUCUGAGGCCCUUAAUAGCUUAGACUGUAAUGUUAAAUGAUGUUACUUUAAAAAGAUACCCAUCCAUUUUGUUUACAUUAUACUUGCACUUGUUCUUAGUGCCACCUUCUUAACUCAAGCACUGCCUUACAAAAGUUGACCAUUUGACACCUCCACAGGGAGGAAAAAGCACUUUUAAAAUGAAUCAUGUUAACCGUUAAGGUAGCUAUAACUGAAAAGAUUUUUUUUUUAUGUGGAGAAUAGUUACUUAUUUGCUUGGCUGCUCAUUUUCCAUUCUCUAUUCUAUCUAUCUUGAUGUGUUAGUUUGAAUUAAGGCUUUGUGCAUAAAUUAGUCCCAGUGCUUUGUAUCUGAUAUGAGUUCCACAUAUAUAUCUGCCGUGUCUGUAUGACUGUGACACUGAAUUAAAUGGGGAAACUUUGCCAGCACAAAGGAUGUGUAGAUUAGAUCUUGAUCUAGCUUUGGUUGGGGCCAUUGGUUUGCCUCUUGGUCAAUAGGUAAGCUAUGUUUACUUAAAGAUACAUGCGACAUUAUUACAAUCUAUGGCUAGGAGGAAGCAGAAGUCAACACUAGAAUAGACCACCUCUUGCAUACCAUGCAGGUAACAGGCCAUUAAUCUGUAAUUAAACUAAUUGCCUGGUAAUACAUUCUGCAGUUGCAUAAUGUGUCCACAACACUUAGUUUUCAUUUCAACAUGCAAUAUAUUUGGCUGCAUUGUUCUUACAGUUGAUUUGACAUGAUAUCAGAUUUGUAAAACACUACUAACUUUACGGAGUCCUCUGGCAGGAUGGCAUUAACUGCACAGUAUAAUUUUUUUAAAAAACACAUUAUUUCAGAAAGAAAAAGAUUAGAGAUCCUGUUAAGUAAUUAUUUGCUUGACCUCAUUACUUUUUAAAAUCUGAGUAAAACAACAUUAUUUUCACAGAGAUAUAAAAAUAUAAUUGAGUUUAUCCCUAUUGCACUUAGACUACAAUUUGGGAUCAUAGAUGUUUUGACCUAUGAUCCAUUUAUGAAUCCUUGACUUACAUUUUAAGAGGCAAAUCCUGGUAUGGUUAAAAUCUCUACAAGAUUAUCUAAUUACAAUUGAUAUAUAAAUAUUCUACGUUGAUAAUUUUAGGGUGAUGAACAAAUAUAUGUCAAUCGUAAAGGUCCUCUACAAGCUUUCCAAAAUAUUUAUUGCUCCCAUUGUUCCUUCCCAAAUGUGGAAAGGUUGCAAGAAUCUCCAGAUUGCUAACUGUAACAUUCAGGUAGCUUGUCAUUCUGAAAAAUAAAAUAAUAUAUAUAUAUAUAUAUUGUGUUGUAACAUCCAAACAGUUCAGGUGGCUGGUGUGGUCUUUAAUCUGUCUCCUGUUCACUGUACUCUGUGUACUUAAAUAUUUCAAAUAAAAUGUAAACGUUCCUGUUCAUGUAGUGUUUUAAUACUUACAUUAAUUUUACAAUGUAUUGUAAUGUUACCUCUCAAAAUACAUACGUGGUUUGGGGUUAAUUGUAAAAUAAAGCAAUAUUUAAAUUUAUGUAAAGCUAAUGGUUCUAACACAGAAAUUGAUUUUUAGUAUGAUUUUUAUAGCAUGGGGGGGAAAUUAAAACGUUAUAUAUGUAUCUACAUCCCUCCUUCCUCAAUUUCCCAGUCCACUCUCUGCUGCUACUGUUGCUGUUCUGUUUUGCCUUACUUGUUCUGCUUUAUCCCUAGUAAUAAUUUACAAACACUGCACAAUCCACCUGGAAUUCAUUUUGGUCCAAGCCUCAUUUAUAAAGAACAGGGGUUUGCACAAGAUCAUCACACCGAUCCAGUGGUGCAAGCUCCCUGAAUGGGGCUUGUAUUGGAAAGCAAGUCCAGGCAGACUGUGCCCCUUUGUGGUUUUGGGUUUGUUUCUGUUUUUUUGCCUUACCCAUGUUGCAUGAAAAUGUUGGAGGAUAUUAAUAAGAAAAAGGCUUUAGUGAAAUGGAUUUAUUUUUAUAAUAUUUAAUAACUGUCAAUACCCAUCUAUAUUAACUAUAUGAAAUCAUAUUACCUUUUUAGAAAAGUCUGUACAGGUUUGUGGACUUAAAUGUUAAAAAUGUAAAAGCAAAUAAAGUUUGUUUUGGAGAAGACAGGUA